AGUCAGUUGUGUGGCUGAAAGAGUUCUUGCCGUCCGAGAGCGGCUUUCUACAGAGAUGGUGGACGUCGACAACAUCGCCUCCUCUCCCAACUCUGCGUCCACGAGUAUCGAAGAUCAAGUAGCAUCCAUCCUCUACCAUUUAGGAAAAACUAAAAAGAAAUUCUAUGAGGAAGUUGAGCGACGAAGCUCCAAUGUUUCUGUUUACACUCCUAAGGACGAUGAGAUGAUGAGCCACGAGAGCUACAGUGAAAACUCUGCUAUCAAUCUCUCAACUUCUCAAGUGACCAGAGGGUCAUCUUCGGCUGCGAAUGGUGCAGGAGAUUCAGAGGAUAGCCAAGGCUCAAAUAAGACUGUCAGUAAAGGUUGUGACGUUGUAACGGACAAUACACCCAUGAGUACUGCACAACUCCUCAUGGUUCCACACCAGGGCCAAAUGCAGCAGUUUCUUUCACCAGCCCAAAUUCAGCAGUUCCUCCAACAGCAAGCGCUCUAUUAUCAACGUCAACAGCAACAUCAGCAACAACAGAUGAAGCAACUGGAAGCAUUCAUUCCCCAUCUGCAAGAGCAGAUCCAAAUGAAUAUGCUUCAGCAAAAUCAAAUUUUGCAACAGUUGACCAAUCUUCCGAUGGAAAUCAAUCCGGAAAAAGGGACAAGACACCAACUUCAGGCGCAGCUACAACAGCUUUCUGCUCAGCAACAUCAAUUGAUCCAACAACUCCAACAAAGUCAUCGACAGUAUUUAAUGACUGCCAGUCCAUAUAAUACACCAGCUCAAGGUGAGAAAUGUGACUCGAAUUCUACUCCCUGGAAGAAUAACGAGGAGUUAAACAUCACAAACGGCAACCAUGUUACCCCAGCCUCCACUUCACAACCGCAAAACGGUCAGCAAAAUGUCGGGUCUCCUUCUCUGACCCCUCCAACUAACCGUCGGACGGCCACACCCAAAGAGGAAUCCCAAACCCAUCUUCUGUUUGGUCAUGGCGUUUGUAAGUGGCCUGGAUGCGAGACCUUCUGCGAUGAUUAUCAGGAUUUUCUUAAGCACAUGAAUUUAGAACACCAGUUGGAUGACAGAAGCACAGCUCAAGCUCGUGUUCAGAUGCAAGUGGUGUCACAGUUGGAGAUUCAACUGGACAAAGAGAAAAAUCGGCUUCAAGCUAUGAUGGAACAUUUGCACAUGAAAACUUCAGCAUCUGGAAAUUUGGAAAUGGGUAAUCCGACUAAUAAGAACACUAACAACUGCAAGCUUCCUUCCUCUAAGCCUCUUCAUCCAUCCCCUCCACUGAACUUGCUUCCUCCAUGUAACCAAAUGCCGCUCUCGAUGUCCAGCAUGUCAUCAUCUAUACUAAACAUUCCAUCAAGACUUCUGCCACCUCUCAGCCAGCCUUUGCUUCAACCUUCCUCUACAGGACCCAUACGGCGCCGGCUCAGCGACAAAGGAUACCAUCACUCGAUGUCUGAUCCGCAUGGAUAUCCAGAACCUCCUGUUCGAAGAAGGGCGGCAGAAAGAGUCAACUUAGAUAUCACGGAAGAAAUCACCAGAAACCGGGAAUUUUACAAGAAUGCAGAUGUCCGUCCUCCAUUCACUUAUGCCUCUCUUAUUAGACAGGCCAUUAUUGAAUCUCCAGAAAGGCAGCUAACUUUAAAUGAAAUUUACAAUUGGUUCCAGAACACGUUUUGUUACUUCCGAAGAAAUGCAGCAACGUGGAAGAAUGCAGUACGACACAACCUCAGCUUGCACAAAUGUUUUAUGCGAGUAGAGAAUAUAAAAGGUGCAGUGUGGACGGUGGAUGAAAUCGAAUUCUACAAACGCAGACCGCAGCGAUUGCAGGAACGCAUUGGGACACUUUCUUUGGGUUUGCAAGAUGCCCAAAGUCCCCCAAAUUGCUCUAAAGGCUACACAGAUUCACUUCAUGCUGCUCAGAUGAACUCGAAUAAAAUGUCCAACUAUGUAAGUAGUAUUACUUCACUGGGCGAUAUGACGCCCACACAUCAUGCCAUAUCAACAUCAGGAAAUGUCUCAUCAUGCGCUCUGACAGAUGCAGAAAACUUUGUUUCUAGCCUUGUCUGUCACGGUUUAACAGUAAAUGAACAAAGAAAAAUACGUGUAAAGCAAGAACCUUCAAAUGAAGACAUGACUGAUCUUGGUGAAAGAUACUUGGUAGAAGAACCAGCAGAGGCCAGUGGACCAGAAGAAGCUGAAGAUUUAUCAACACCUCAAAAUACUGGAUGUUUAGGACAACCACCUUCAAGAGCAAGAUCAUCUAUAACUAGGCCAAAUUCAAAGUGAAUAAAUGCAAAAUUACACACAUUUUCUUUUGUUCAGAAAUGUUCUGUGUGGAUAUUUAUGAGUAGGUAUCAUAGCCUGCUAUGCCAAACGUAUUCCAUCAACCAGUGAAGUUUCAACAGAAUAUACUUACUUGUUUCUGACUCGAUUUCUUUUAACAAUAGCCUGAAAUGUUUAUUCCUUAUUGUAGAACUUUCCAGAUCGGAAAACGAAAAUAUUGAACAGUUUAACUACAUUAUGGAAACUAUUCAAGUCCAAACAAACUUUUGAUACACAAUGUGGUUUUAGUAAAUGACUUGAGAUCUUAGCUCAUAGAUCAUUGUUCUAAGCCAUACCAAAUGUGUAACGAUAAACUUCGUAUUGUUUGCCUAGUAUAGCCAAACUUUGUGCUUUGAGUAAGAUUAGAAUGGUUUUUAACUUGAUAAAAGUGUACAGUACUUCAGAAACAGGUUGUUCAGCACUAACCUCAUUAAGCCUGUAUAGAUUUUAAGUGUGAUCCAAACCAUGAAGAAAAAGUUGAAAAGUAAAAUUUUGACUCAAUGAAAUAUUUUAAGUGAUACAUUAUCGUGAAUCUUUAAGUUGCUGUACAUAUAUCCUAUAAAUGUAUUCAAAUUUCAGUUGUAUCAAAAGAAUGUGAAUACAUCUUGUGUGAUAUAACAUUUUUAUUUGAUUAUAGUAAUUUAUCUUUAAAAGUCUAUUUAAAAUGUAUGGAAACUUGUGAUGAAAAUGUCUUUUUCCAUUGACUUAAAAAAUUAACUGAAAUCAAAACUUGGCUCUAAAAAUACGUAUAUUGUGUUCCAUAUAUCUGUAAUAAUAUCAUCAUCAGUUUUGUAAAUAAACAUUAAAACAUUCCAUUUUGUUCACUUAUCAAUAAAAACUGUGAAAGUACCUUUGUUCAUGUAAUAUAGGAAUAAAAUAAAACUCGAAUGGAGGGCAUAUGCUAAAAAGUUUUAAAAAUAUUGGUUAUUGUGAGUAAUUACAAAUGCAUCAGAGUUUAUUAAUUAUAAGCUAUAAGAG